ACUCGUUCCAGUCAUUCUUAGUUUGUCUCUUGUGCUUGCCACUUCGUGACGCAGUUCGAUAAUAAUUUUCACGUCAUUAUUAAGUACACAAAGGACAGUAUAUAACCGAAAAUUUAUAGAAAAUAGUUUCUAAGUUAUUUGGACCAUACGAGGAAGACUUAAUUCAGUGAACAAUGUCGCAGCACUCUAUUCCACUGGAUAUUCUGGACGAUCUGAGCAGUCGGUUCAUCAUCAACGUGCCUGAAGAGGGACGAAAAGACCUGGUGAGAAUCUGCUUCCAAGUAGAGCUAGCCCACUGGUUCUACAUUGAUUUUUACUGUACUGAGGAGAACCCUCGCAAUCUCCAGUCAUGUGGAAUGAAAGAAUUUGCUGCCCACCUAUUCAAUCACAUCCCCUUUCUCAAGCCAAAUCUAGGCAGAAUAGAGGCUGUGCUGGAGGAGUGGAGAGAUUACAAGCAGAAUGUGCCAACGUUUGGAGCAAUAGUCAUGAAUGAAGACAUGACAAAGGUACUACUUGUGCAGAACUAUUGGGCAAAGAACAGCUGGGGUUUUCCAAAGGGAAAAGUCAAUGAGGAUGAGGAUCCCAGUCACUGCGCUGUCAGGGAGGUCUUGGAGGAGACAGGAUUCGACAUCUCCAAGCUGAUUGAUGAUAAAGAGUACUUCGAGGCGACUAUCAAUGACAGGCUUGUCAGGCUGUACAUUAUCACUGGGGUGCACGAGGACACUACGUUCGCACCUAGGACAAGGAAGGAGAUCAAGAGUGUCCAGUGGUUUUCACUCAUGGAUUUGCCCAAUAAUCCAAAGGAUAUGACACCUAAGGUCAAGAUGGGGGUUGGACCAAAUGCAUUUUUCAUGGUGGUUCCUUUUGUCAGACGAAUGAAACGCUGGGUUUUGGAAAGACAACAGAAGGAUAGACAACCGUCAACAACUACCAAGAGAUUCAGGCAUAAGUCCCUGGGGGAGGCUGAGAGUGGAUCCAGGAUGAGACGUCAAGGACUCCCAUUACAGAAUGGAUUCUCUGAUUUCAAGAACGAACGCCAGGCCAACACAUCUCCACUGAACUGGCGUCGUACCGCAACGAAUAAGAAUAUAUUCAAAAAUGUUGAUAAAAAUUCCAAAGGAACAAUCAAAAGGAAUUUAUUUGGUGACUCCGGUGACGAUAGGAGCACAAAAUCUCCAUCAGCCCUCGCCAAGGUAUUGAGUGAAAGCCCAAGAAUUGAGUCUCAAACAUUCGUCAAGCGAAAUCAACGAAAAUCUCGGUUUGAAACCGACAAACAAGAUCAGAAUGUCCAGCUAUUUCUAAACGAUGCUGUGAGAAGAAUGAGACUCAAUUCUCGAGAGUCUGGUGGCAAUCAAUUCUGCGCCAUAUCGUGGAGGGACUUCUCAUUUGACAAGCAAGCGGUGCUACAUUGUCUUUAAUUAUCUACUAAGUUUUUCCUGAUGUAAAAAAUGAAAUUCUACUGUACGAUUUAUAAUACUUGACAUGUGAUAUUGAUGAUACUACGCCAUUCGGAUUAAGUAUUAAUGAUGUGAUCUCAGUGCCGCUGCUCAUGUACUAUUUCUUUUUUAUUUUUAUGUGGCAAUUAUACAUGAAGAGAUGGAAAUAAAGUUUUUUCAAGGUA